AUGGGGGAGAAGCGGCGACGGCGGCAGCGGAAUAACCGAGCCGGCGCGUGAGCGGCCCCGGGGGCCGGCUGCCCGCGGAGGCCAUGGGCGACCCAGCCCCCGCCCGCAGCCUGGACGACAUCGACCUGUCCGCCCUGCGGGACCCCGCUGGAAUCUUUGAACUGGUGGAGGUUGUGGGCAAUGGAACUUACGGGCAGGUGUACAAGGGUCGGCACGUCAAGACUGGGCAGCUGGCUGCCAUCAAGGUCAUGGACGUCACGGAGGACGAGGAGGAGGAGAUCAAGCAGGAGAUCAACAUGCUAAAGAAGUACUCUCACCACCGCAACAUCGCCACCUACUACGGGGCCUUCAUAAAGAAGAGCCCCCCCGGAAACGACGACCAGCUCUGGCUGGUGAUGGAGUUCUGCGGCGCUGGCUCCGUGACAGACCUGGUGAAGAACACAAAAGGGAACGCCCUGAAGGAGGACUGUAUCGCCUACAUCUGCCGGGAGAUCCUCCGGGGCCUAGCCCAUCUCCACGCCCACAAGGUGAUCCAUCGAGACAUCAAGGGGCAGAACGUGCUGCUGACAGAGAACGCCGAGGUCAAGCUGGUGGAUUUUGGGGUGAGUGCCCAGCUGGACCGUACUGUGGGCAGGCGGAACACUUUCAUCGGGACCCCCUACUGGAUGGCCCCGGAGGUCAUCGCCUGUGACGAGAACCCUGAUGCCACCUACGAUUACAGGAGUGACAUCUGGUCUCUAGGAAUCACAGCCAUCGAGAUGGCAGAGGGAGCCCCCCCUCUGUGUGACAUGCACCCCAUGCGAGCCCUCUUCCUCAUCCCACGGAACCCACCCCCCAGACUCAAGUCCAAGAAAUGGUCUAAGAAGUUCAUCGACUUCAUCGACACGUGUCUCAUCAAAACCUACCUGAGCCGCCCACCCACGGAACAGCUGCUCAAGUUCCCCUUCAUCCGUGACCAGCCCACAGAGCGCCAGGUCCGCAUCCAGCUCAAGGACCACAUCGACCGCUCCCGCAAGAAGCGAGGCGAGAAGGAGGAGACGGAGUAUGAGUACAGUGGCAGCGAGGAGGAAGACGACAGCCAUGGAGAGGAGGGGGAGCCGAGCUCCAUCAUGAACGUGCCCGGGGAGUCCACCCUGCGCCGGGAGUUUCUCCGGCUCCAGCAGGAGAAUAAGAGCAACUCGGAGGCUCUGAAGCAGCAGCAGCAGCAGCAGCAGCAGCAGCAGCAGCGGGACCCCGAGGCGCACAUCAAGCAUCUCCUGCACCAGCGCCAGCGGCGCAUCGAGGAGCAGAAGGAGGAGCGGCGGCGCGUGGAGGAGCAACAGCGGCGGGAGCGGGAGCAGCGGAAGCUGCAGGAGAAGGAGGAGCGGCGGCUGGAGGACAUGCAGGCGCUGCGACGGGAGGAGGAGCGGCGGCAGGCGGAGCGCGAGCAGGAAUAUAUUCGUCACAGGCUAGAGGAGGAGCAGCGACAGCUCGAGAUCCUUCAGCAACAGCUGCUCCAGGAACAGGCCCUGCUGCUGGAGUACAAGCGGAAGCAGCUGGAGGAGCAGCGGCAGUCCGAGCGCCUGCAGAGGCAGCUGCAGCAGGAGCACGCCUACCUCAAGUCCCUGCAGCAGCAGCAGCAGCAGCAGCAGCUGCAGAAGCAGCAGCAGCAGCAGGCCCCGCCCACAGACCGGAAGCCGCUGUAUCACUACGGCCGGGGCGUCGGUCCCGCGGACAAGCCCGCCUGGGCGCGCGAGGUGGAAGAGAGAACGAGGAUGAAUAAGCAGCAGAACUCUCCCCUGGCCAAAACCAAGCCCGGCGGCGCAGGGCCCGAGACCCCCGUUCCCCAGGCCUCCCCUGGGCCCGCGGGCCCCCUUUCCCAAACUCCUCCUAUGCAGAGGCCGGUGGAGCCCCAGGAGGGACCGCACAAGAGCCUGGUGGCACACCGGGUCCCACUGAAGCCAUAUGCAGCGCCCGUACCCCGAUCCCAGUCCCUGCAGGACCAGCCCACCCGAAACCUGGCUGCCUUCCCGGCCUCCCACGAGCCCGACCCUGCCGUCCCCACACCCACUGCCGCGCCCGGCACCCGAGGAGCGGUCAUCCGCCAGAAUUCAGAUCCCACCUCGGAAGGGCCUGGCCCCAGCCCGAACCCCCCAUCCUGGGUCCGGCCGGACACUGAGACCCCACCCAAGGUGCCUCAGAGGACCUCGUCCAUCGCCACUGCCCUUAACACCAGUGGGGCCGGAGGGGCCCGGCCGGCUCAGGCCGUCCGUGCCAGCGCCCCCGCCCCGCCCCCGGCACCCCUGUGCUCCCUCCACAGACCUCGCAGCAACUCCGCCUGGCAAAUCUAUCUGCAAAGGCGGGCCGAGCGGGGCUCCCCCAAGCCUCCGGGGCCCCCCGCUCAGCCCCCUGGUCCGCCCAACGCCUGUAGUAACCCCGACCUCAGGAGGAGCGACCCUGGCUGGGAACGCUCGGAAGGUGCCCUCCCCUCGCACGGGCACCUGCCCCAGGCUGGCUCGCUAGAGCGGAACCGCGUGGGAGCCUCCUCCAAGCUGGAUGGCUCCCCAGUGCUCUCCCCUGGGAACAAAGCCAAGCCUGAUGACCACCGCUCCCGGCCGGGCCGGCCCGCAAGCUAUAAGCGUGCCAUCGGCGAGGACUUCGUGCUCCUGAAGGAGCGGGCCCUGGACGAGGCCCCGCGGCCUCCCAAGAAGGCCAUGGACUACUCGUCUUCCAGCGAGGAGGUGGAAAGCAGCGAGGACGAGGAAGAAAGCAAUGGCGAGCCAUCAGAGGGGAGCAGAGAUACCCCUGGGGCCCGGCAGGACCUGGGGACUGAUGGCCGUUCUUUCUCCUAUGGCAGCGACGGAGACACAGACAGCGUCAGCACCAUGGUGGUCCAUGACGUGGAGGAGAUCGCGGGGACCCAGACCCCCUAUGGGGGCGGCACCAUGGUGGUCCAGCGCACUCCUGAGGAGGAGCGCAGCCUGCUGCACGCAGACAGCAACGGCUACACAAACCUGCCCGAUGUGGUCCAGCCCAGCCACUCGCCCACUGAGAGCGGCAAAGGUCAAAGCCCCCCAUCCAAGGAGGGAGACAGCGACUACCAGUCUCGUGGGCUGGUAAAGGCCCCUGGCAAGAGCUCGUUCACGAUGUUUGUGGACCUAGGGAUCUACCAGCCCGGAGGCAGUGGGGAUACCAUCCCCAUCACAGCCCUGGUCGGGGGAGAGGGCGGUCGGCUUGAUCAGCUCCAGUACGACGUGCGGAAAGGCUCCGUGGUCAACGUGAACCCCACCAACACCCGGGCCCACAGCGAGACCCCCGAGAUCCGGAAAUACAAGAAGCGAUUCAAUUCCGAGAUCCUCUGUGCGGCCCUUUGGGGCGUCAACCUGCUGGUGGGCACCGAGAACGGUCUGAUGCUGCUGGACCGAAGCGGGCAGGGCAAGGUGUACGGGCUCAUCGGGCGGCGGCGCUUCCAGCAAAUGGACGUGCUAGAGGGGCUCAACCUGCUCAUCACCAUCUCAGGGAAAAGGAACAAACUGCGGGUGUAUUACCUGUCCUGGCUCCGGAACAAGAUUCUGCACAACGAUCCGGAAGUGGAGAAGAAGCAGGGCUGGACCACUGUGGGCGACAUGGAGGGCUGCGGGCACUACCGCGUGGUGAAAUACGAGCGCAUUAAGUUCCUGGUCAUCGCCCUGAAGAGCUCCGUGGAGGUGUAUGCCUGGGCCCCCAAGCCCUACCACAAGUUCAUGGCCUUCAAGUCCUUUGCAGACCUCCCUCACCGCCCUCUGCUGGUCGACCUGACCGUGGAGGAGGGUCAGCGGCUCAAGGUCAUCUACGGCUCCAGUGCCGGUUUCCACGCUGUGGAUGUCGACUCGGGGAACAGCUACGACAUCUACAUCCCCGUGCAUAUCCAGAGCCAGAUCACGCCCCACGCCAUCAUCUUCCUCCCCAACACGGACGGCAUGGAGAUGCUCCUGUGCUACGAGGACGAGGGCGUGUACGUGAACACGUACGGGCGCAUCAUCAAGGACGUGGUGCUGCAGUGGGGAGAGAUGCCCACCUCUGUGGCCUACAUCUGCUCCAACCAGAUCAUGGGCUGGGGCGAGAAAGCCAUUGAGAUCCGCUCCGUGGAGACGGGCCACCUGGACGGCGUCUUCAUGCACAAACGAGCCCAGAGGCUUAAGUUCCUGUGUGAGCGGAACGACAAGGUGUUCUUUGCCUCUGUCCGCUCCGGGGGCAGCAGCCAGGUUUACUUCAUGACCCUGAAUCGGAACUGCAUCAUGAACUGGUGACGGGGCCCGGGCUGGGGCUGCCCCAGUGGACCCAGCUCUCCCUACCACAGCCAGACUCCCCAGGCCGCCCUUCUUUCCCCUCCCUGGGCUUUUGCUUUUUACUGGUUUGAUUCACUGGAGCCUGCUGGGAACGUGACCUCUGACCCCUGAUGCUUUUGUGAUCACGUGACCAUCCUCUUUCCCCGAUAGGUUCUCCCCCCAAAACCUGUGCCUGUCCCAGCUUCUGGGGAGAGGCACAGCUUCCCCUCACCAGGAAUUGAGUGGGCCUAGCCCCACCCCCCUUUUCUCCAUCUCAGAGGAGAGCGCUGGGGGGGGGGGGGGCGCUCAGGCCCGGUCCCCCACUGCUGCUGACUGGGCAGGGCCCUGGGCCCCUUCAUUUGCACGUCAGGGGAGCCGGCUCCCCCCUUGAAUGUACCAGACCCUGGGGGGGGUCGCUGGGCCCUAGGUUUUAGGGGGGGGGUCACCAGCCACUCCAGGGGCAGGGACCAUUUCCUCAUUUUCUGAAAGCACUUUAAUGAUUCCCCUCCCCCCAAACCCCAGGGAAUGGAGGGGGGACCCCGCCAGCCAAAACAUUUCCCCCUUUCCGACCCCAUUUCUUUCUAGCUUCUGUCCUUCCCUGGUGGCGGGAGGGAGCAGGGAGCUCUCACCCCCUUUGCACCCCCUUGCUUGCCUCUGUAUAUAGUGUGAGCAGCAAGUAGCCCCGCCCCCCCUCAAUGUAGUGGCCUUGGAUAUUCCGUUUGUUAAUAAAGACAAUUCAACCAGC